AUGGAUUACAUCGUGAAAUUACUCCAACCACAUCGUCCUUACAUGCCAGAUGAGUGGCGAGAUGAAUAUGAUUUAGAAGAAUCUUCCGGCUUCAAGUUUCAACGAGCGGGCAAUACCGACGUAUUUGUAACUGACAUGUGUCAUGGUCAAGUUCUUUGGUCGUUACGACGUUAUUUCUAG